GUCCAAAGCGCGCGCCCGUCAGUGGAGGAGAAGAGAGGACAGAAGGAGGCAGAAAGACAAAAUAAAGACCAAUUAACCUUUUAUUCUGCAAAAGCGGCACACGAAAUCCAGCAGAGAUGUCAGAGGAAAAGCCAAAGGAGGGAGUAAAAACCGAGAAUGAUCACAUCAAUCUCAAGGUGGCAGGACAGGAUGGGUCUGUGGUCCAGUUCAAAAUCAAAAGACACACACCCCUCAGCAAACUAAUGAAGGCGUACUGUGAACGGCAGGGUCUCUCAAUAAGGCAGAUCAGAUUCAGGUUUGAUGGCCAGCCUAUCAAUGAAACGGAUACGCCUGCACAGCUGGAGAUGGAAGAUGAAGACACCAUAGACGUUUUCCAGCAGCAGACAGGGGGGCUCUGCUAAGCCCCUCCCACCUCAUUGACGCAACCCUCAGACCACGCCCUCAGCCAUCUUCACUGUUCUCUCCUCUUCAUCGCUCCUCUCAGCCUAUUAUCAUCAUUAUUAUUAUUAUUAUUAUUAUUAUUAUUAUUAAUGUUAUUAUUAUUAUUAUUUCUUAAGUUUAAAGAUGUCUGUCAUGGUUUUUCGUCAUUGUGGGGGGGCUCCUCAGCUGUUUAUGUACCGUCUCAGCCAGGACUGAACUUUUUGUGCGUGUCAACAGUCUCUCUGCUGGCCAAUCAGGACAACUUUUCCUUCUGGCAGCGCCGGCUGUGAUUGGACCAACAGCGUGUCACAGCUGUUCCUGGUUUGUCAGUGCUUCUCUCUCUCAUUCACUCUCCAGUGAAAGCUUGGUAUCCAGUAGUUUGUCACAAUUUUCAUCCAUCGGGGCCGAAUGCGAGGCUCUGCAGCUUUUGUCCAGGGAUCACCGUCAGUGGGCAUGAAAAUGUUUUGAGGUGGAAGCACUAUCUGAACUUAAUACACAUCCGCCUUCCAUUUCACUUCACUUUCUUGUGUGUUCUUUUUGUCUAAACGGUGAUUCCUGCUCUUCUGUCAAAAUGUAUUUUAAUUCUUUGCAUUUUAGGUGCUUUUGCUAAAGAGUUCUGCAAUGUUUUUGUAAUUUUUUUUCUUUUAAAGAAAUAACACCCAAGGGGCUUGCUGAAGUUUCUGUAUAGAAGUAUCAGAGUGGAUGUUAGAUAAAUGUUGUGGGGCUUGGACCAAUACUCCAAAGACCGAACUUCUGUUUCAUAUUUAAUGUUCUUGGAUCACUCUAAAAGCAAACUGUAAGGUCAAAACGGUCACAUUUAAGGGAGUUUGUAUUGCGGUACUGUUGUAAGUUCCCUCUUCGACUGCUACCGCUACAAAUUGAGAAAGAUUCUUUGUGGGUAUCGGCUGUACUUGCUGGUAUUCAUUCAUACAGAAAAAUGCCUGUGUAAGGGAAGGGAAUUUAAUUUACACCACUGAGGUACAUCCUUAGUUGGGCACAGGCUGGUUAAGGAUAGUCUCUUGAUGUGGAAUACAAAACUGUUUUUUUCUUUCCCUAUUUUUCAUUGAAGCAGGCCAGUAGCCAAUCCCUAUGAUACUCUUACAAGUGGCUCUGCUUGUUGGUUUUACAUUGGGUAAGGUUCGAGUUAGAGUUGGGUGGGCUGUGGAUAGGAAUAACUGGAAGAUAUUCCUCUGUUUUGGGGUCAGCUGUCUCAUCUCUGUUUGCAAAUGUAGGCAGAUGGCACAACUGACUCUAGAUGUGUUCUUAAGGGGGAUAACUUCCAGUUUGAGCAAUGAUAUCCAACAAAAGUCAGUAUGUUCUUGUUUAUGCGUUUUGAAGACACUUUUUACUGCUUUGUCAGCUGCUGAGCUGUUUCAGAUGUUGUUUUCUUUUGUGUAAAAAGCAGAAGUUACAGACCAUCUGUACAAACACCUUUCUCCCGCAGCGUUGGAAACAGUGAGGAUAUAAAAAGCAGUGAUCAGUGUCUCCAAUGUUUUACAGUUCGGAGAGAGAUGCAUACAGUUAAUUGCAUAUCGGGAGGGCAGGGAGGUCCACCAGUGGAGUUUGGGAGAUGAAGUGUUCUGUACCCACAGGGCCCCGUUCUUCGUACAUGAUUAACAGAGUUGGCUUGGUUGAUUGUUGAUGGUCUGAUGUGAGCUUGGAAUUUUCAGGUCUUUGAAUCUUGGUUAAAAUGUAUUUGUCCAUCGGUUCAAACCUGCAAAAGGGAAAUCUUACUCAGAGUGAGUUGGGUAAUCGCAAAACCUUUUUAAAUGUAUCUCAAAUUAUUUUCAGACAAGGCUGCUCCUUUCUUUAGAGGCACAAAUAGAUCUGUGGUGGUAGUUGGACAUGUUUUGAGUUGCAUACUAAAAAGUACACAAAUUACAAAAAAAAUGCACGCAAAAUUAAGUUUGGCAUUACAUGAACAAGUCUUUUGUAAAUUGCAGUAUUUAAAAUGAUGCAAAAUGGGCUGCAAUAGUAACUAAUUGGCCGUGUAAAUUUUCAUCCUCUUUCCAUGUGCUAAGUCAGCUUUAUUGUCCACCUCAGCCUUUUAAUGAAAUUAUGCUCGGCCACAAAAGAAAGGUGCUGCCCUUUUUUUUAAUAGUAAUUGAACCGUACAUCAUGUUUUUCCAGCUGUAUUUUUGUGUGUAUUCUAUACAACAAAGAGAGUCUGUGCCCUUCAUUAUACUAUUACAUUAUAGAUGAAUAUUUGACAUCAGCAAUUGAAAAAUGUGCUGCCAUCUGCUGUUCUGCUAUCCACUCUGGCCCCUCUUAACCCUCCCUCACUCGUUAAGAAAAAGCAUUUGCCUUGUACAGAGUUGCGUUGUACACAGACAUGUUUGAUCUGUUUGUGAUUACUCCAGAGAAUUUGCUGUUGCAUUGACCAAUCGCAAGUAAUGAUCACAGUUUCACAUUUUCCUCUCCUGUUACUUUCUGAUUGAAAACAAGAGCACAGUUAUCUUAAGACAAACAAAUCAGCCUUCCAUUUAUAUUUAAAAAAAUCUGAGCUGGAAUUGGCUAACAUUAGCCCGAAUUAGCUAAACUUUGUAAUGUACGAAGAACAGGGCCCAGGUCUUGUCAUGUUAUUUGUUUCUCUACUGAUUUGUACAUUAUUUGUGGUCUUUUACUACUGUAUACAAUAAAUAUAGUUUGGUACUCAGA